GUUAUGAGUGCUGAUAACAAGAUGCUUUCGCCUCACCGAUUACUCAUAGUCGGUGCAGGGCUAACAGGGUCAGUAACAGCUUCCUUGCUGCGCAGAAAGUUUCCAAAGGAUGCGUUGAAUAUCACUUUCUGGGAGAAAUCUCGCGGAGCAGGGGGGAGAAUGAAUACCAACAGAAGCGCAAGUGAUUCACGCUGUACGGUGGAUCUUGGAGCACAAUAUGUAACAGCGACACCGGAUUAUUACAGAUCUCACGAGAGGUACACUGACUUUCACAUCCUCUUAGGCUGAGUAAAUAGUAUGUCUAGCGGCAGUUAGUUCGAAUGGAAGGCUGUUGCAUAACCACACCAGGAAAUGAAUCCUUUACAUCUGAGCAUCGAUUAGUGCGCUAAUAUUCUCCAUACUGUUCUCGGUACAUUUCUUAAGGUGCUGACAAGGAGAAUUUGUUUAACAAUCGAGAGCUUCUUUAGAUGGUGAUCAUUUCCUUUAUUCUCAUGACCUUAAUGUUAGAUUCAGGGCUGAUAUUGUAGGGAGAAAUUAGAUGCUAAUCAACCUUAGGGUCCGUUGGGUUAAAAUAGGUACCCAUUGGAAUAGAAUAGCCUGGAUCCAUAUUCCCUUGUAUAUGAACACCCUUCUUUGAACUUGCUGAGUGGUGAAAUACUAAUAAAGAGUAUUUAUAGCUUUUCAAGAGCUAAUGUAGUCCACUGCCAUAUUUGCCGUGCAAUCCUUAUUUGCUGCAGGGUAGGUUGAAUCAGUAAUACCAAGUAUGGCACGGGGUUUAAUAGAAACCAGUUACAGAUAGUCUACUGCUGCUGAGAAAACCUCUUACCAUUGUCUGAUCAGCUUUCAAGCAGGCUCUCUAGUCUGAGUUUUGCCUUCCAGUCCCUUUUCCAGGCAUAGCGACAUUCUACACUAUCAAUGGUAGCAUAAGGAGAAAGUUACUGAAACCCUUAAAUGGUACCCCCAACUAAAGUGUACCACAUCUCUGAAUAAUUCUUCAAAAUGGUGUUUUCUAAUCCACCAGACAAUUUACCAUCCUGACCCCACCCUUAACAAAUUUUCAGCAUGGCAGUGACAAAUCCAACUUCCAUUUGCCAUUUUGGAUCCUGAUACUCCCCUAAAAAAUUUCAUGAGAAUUGGUUUACAACACCCUUGAGCAUUUUGGACUGAUGGUUUUUCUUACGGUAUUUCUUAAGCAGACUGGACUUUUCCCUACCCAACCACCUCCCCCCUCCCCCCUAGCCCUGAUAGGUGAUCCUCAUUUUUGGCUAUGGAGAAAGUUGUAUUAAGAACAGUUCUCAUAGGAGGAAAUUUUAUGGAAGUCUGUUUAUCUUUAACUUCCUUUUAUAUUUGACUCAGAAUCUCAGCAGGAGAUUUUCCAAUACAAAGUGGCUUCAAUAAUCCCAGGGACUGGGAGGUUAACUUUCCCUUUUCUCUUCGAUAUCCCAGGGAAAUGAUCCUUUAGUGCACUGUGUGAGUUUUUUGUCAUUGUUCAAGUCUUGGAUGCAUUAUAGUUACUGUGCCAACUGAAUAACUGUAUUGCAUGAAAUAGUUCUCUUUAAACACAUUUUCUACACAUUUUGAACAAACAGGCAGCUCGUGAUACCACCUUAGCAGUAUGUGCAAGAAUUUAAUUACUCAUGGGAGUCAUCAAAAUUUUGGUGGACAAAUGUAGAAAAUUUGUCAAAAGCUUUGUCAAGUGAUCAGUUUUGAAAAUAAAACUUUUUUGCUCCAGUUUCUAUCAGGAACUGAUAUCAGCAAAAGUAUUGGUGCCAUUUAAUGGAUUUAUAGAAGGAGAAAACAAAAAGGAAGGAAUGAAAAACUUUACAGCACCGUCAGGGAUGAAUUCCAUAGUCAAACAUUUUCUGAAUUCUUCGGGUAAGUGUGUAGGCGCAAGAAUUUGUAUUAUCAUUUUUUGUUAGUGUUGGUGUUUCAUAGUUUCGUGUUAGGUGUUUAUUUUCUCGUCUUCAUUAGUGUCCUUUGUCAGUUACCAGUUUUGUACUUGUUAUAUUUAUUUGCAUAUCGUAUAUAUAUUGGUUGCACGUAAUUUAUUUGGUUAGUUGUCUAGUUUGCGAAAAUUAUCGUUACAUAUCUAGCUCUGGGUUUCAUGUUUUCGUCUUUGGUUUGGUCACAUUCGUCUUGUAAGUAUCCUUGUUUAUUUCGCUUUGUCGUUUUCCAGUACUUUCACUCAUACGAUGUAAGUUAUUUUAUGCUCAUUCGCGUGUUUGUAAUUUUGUCAUUUUCAGUUACCGUAUUCAACAAUGUGUCAAGUUUGUUCUAGUAAAGUUUGAAAUACGAGUGAUUAGCGUUUGCGGCUAUAAAGUGCAAAUAUUAUUUGAAUUCAGCACAAGGGAGGGACUGUUACUUUUUAAAAGUGGAGGAGUCUGAUUUAUUGCAUCAGUACUUCAUGGCUCAAUUUUGUUGCCCAAAUUUGUGCAUCUUUUGCUAGUUUGCCUAAGGCUUUUAUUUUCCUUGGGUAUUCUUUAAGCAUAUUUCUCUGUCUCUGUAUGGACCUCACCCAAUUUCCAGCUGUGAUGGAGGCCUUCUGUCCUGUUGAACUCAAAACAGGCUGAAAAUCAAGCCUGCCCCUCCCCUUGUAGUGAAAAUCAGAAUCAGCCUCACAACUUAAGUUGUUCAACAAACUCUCCUGAGAUACUCUGUAAACACUUGAGAGUGUUUAACCCUUUACACCUUAACAUCAACAUUCAUAUUCUCCUUUCUGUUCUCUAUACAUUUCCUAAGGUGCUGAUAAGGAGAAUUUGUCUAACAAUCAAUUUUCUUUCGUUGGUGAUCAUUUCCUUUAUUCUCAUGACAUUAAUGUGUGAUUCAGUGGUGAUAUUGUAAGGAGAAAUUAGAUGCAAGUCAAUCUUAGGGGUUAAAAGGUUAAAGCAGAUUAAGAAUAUUAUGAAGUCAACUGUCAUGGAAAAAGUUGUAGGUAAAUUCUUACCUUUCAACCUAGUCCAGCAUAUUUUGACAAAUUUGCAACCAAUACUGAAACACACUUAACCCUUUAACUGCUAGAUGUGAUUAAAAUGUAACCUCUCCCCAUAAUCUCCUUACAUUAUCAAGCAGACAGGUAGUGAGAAUACUCAAACUUAUCAGGUAGAAGUUUUUAUCUUGAUUUAACACCAAAUUCUCGUAAAUAAUUUCCAAGGAGAUGUCCAUCAGCUAGAGAGGAGAAGUAACAAUAAGAUCUUGGAAGUUAAAGGGUUAAUGUUUAUUUUUCUACACUAUUUCAGAAUCCAGCGUUUUCUAUGAAACUCAUUGCACUGCAAUAAACAGAUUUGAAAACCCAGAAAACAUCAGUCAAAGCGCAAAACUCUGGCUAGUGACCGACUUCAAGGACAACACAAGUGAAUUCGAUUCCGUUAUUGUAACGAUUCCUACACCACAACUUUUAAAUCUGAAAGGUUCCAUUCAAGAUUUCCUCGAGAGCCAACGCUCACUCCUGGAAGCCGUACAGUAUUCUUCGCGGUAUGCCGUAGCCAUGUAUUUUGAACAAGGAGUCAAAAUUGACGUGCCGUGGUGUUCCAAGUAUGUAACAGGCAGUCCGUGUGUACGGUUUUUAUCCGUAGACUCGAGGAAAAGAUUUGGGAAAGGUAAAUGAGUUUAAACCUUAAAAAAGGUCUUGAACGAUGUAAUUUUUGAGAAGCCACGCUCAUUACUUGAAGAUGUCAAGUUUUAAAGUUUUCCAAAAUUUUCUUGUCGGGCUGACCUUACUCAGUCAAUAAGUGUUGUACAGAAUAUUUUUUUUCUUUUGGCUGGUAGCACGUGAGUCCGUACGGCUUUUUACGGCCCCGCCUACGCUAUCAUAUACGGCCCUUGUUAGAUCUUUGAUAAAGUGCGCGCGGGGCUGGAUGCGUCAUGACGAUGAAAGCCAUUGGUGUACACCGAACUACAAAAAUUACCAACAUUGUAAUCUCUCUUUCAGAUCCCGAAGACAUAGGCCCAUCUCUCCUUGCACACACAAGCGUGCCAUUUGGAAUAGAACAUUUAGAGAUGGACAUGAACGAUGUUAAAGAGAUUAUCAUAUCACACGUGAAACAAAUACUUCCCGACCUUCCAGAACCCGUGAACAGUCGCUGUUUAAGAUGGCGGUAUUCUCAAGUGUCACGCGGUGUUGAUGGUUCUCCAGGAUGCAUUGCGUUGUGUAACUCUCCGCUGCUGGUUGCUUGCGGUGAUGCGUUCUCUCACUCGAAUUUCGAUGGUUGUAUAGACUCAGCUAUGUCUGUAGUAGACACAUUUUGCAAAAUAACAUCCGUUAGCAACCUGUAGGUUUUUGCAAGGUGGUGGAUAGGUCAUGCUGUGCGCGUAGCGUGACAGAAUUUUCGUCAAAUAGUCACGUAACGUUCCUUUCUCCUGUGGACAUAAGCGUAACCUGAGAAGUCAAUGACGAUUUCGAGCUGGUGCAAAGGAUAUGGGCUAUUUUUUAUUACAGAAUAUGAAGUCACUGUUAGAUAAGCAGAUUGACUUAAUCCUGGCGUUUAAAUCUAAGAGGGCCACGACUGUUGUAAGACAGCCAUUUAUACAUUAAAGGAGUUGGAGGACUGAUUGGUUCCCAGUCUUCUUUAUUUCGCCGUCCGCACGGUAGCGAAAAGUGUUAUGGGUAAGGUCGGUUUUUCUCUCUCUCCUUCGUAUCAACCCUUUCUUUUCAAUCUCUUGAACUGACGUGCCGUGUGCUACAAAAGGCAACUGGGACGAGUCCGGAUGCGAAAGCGCAAAGUGUUUUGGGUAAUGUUGUAU